UUCUAUUAUUACAAUUUAAAAUUUUUAAACGUAACUUAAUAAGAUCCAAACCAACUCACAUUAACAACCGUUAACCUGACUAAAUGUGAUAAAAAAUAUAGUUUAAUUUCUUUUAAAUGCUUUACUGAAAUUAUGGUAUUCUGUAAACAGAUCAAUUUUAUAUAUAAUAAGUUAGCAUCAAUUAAUGUAUAACACAAUUCUUGUUUUAAUACAAUGGUAACGGUCUAAUCUAAUCUCGAAAUAUGAUACGAAACAGCACAAGGAAAUAAAAUGUUCGAGAUUUGAUACAGUGGAUGGGAAUAAAAGACCUGUUUGUCGUCUGUUUGCUUUCAUUACGUCAAGCUUCACUGACAGAAGGAUGUUGCUUAUAUAUAAUUUGUGCACUGUGCUGAUUCUUUGCGUAUCAGUAAAAGCAUAUUAUAAUGUGAUAGCGAGAACGGAUGAGGAAAAUAAUUUUAUAUCACGCUCGACAGAAAUACCUAAGUAUGUUCCAACUUGGUCUAGUCUAGAUAAUCGAUCGUUACCAUCCUGGUACGAUGAUGCAAAACUUGGAAUUUUUAUUCAUUGGGGUGUAUUUAGUGUACCCAGUUUUGGCUCUGAAUGGUUUUGGAACAAUUGGAAAGAGGAAACUAAAUCCGUGUAUGUACACAUUUUUUUUUUUUAUGAAUUAGGUGAAUUGGCAGAAGCUAUUCGAAACAAGACAGAUAUUAGAUUUGGCUUAUAUCAUUCCCUGUAUGAAUGGUACAAUCCUCUCUAUAUAACAGAUAAAAAAAACAACUUUACAACAGAUAGAUUUAUAACUCACAAAAUAAUGCCAGAGUUACGUGAAUUAGUAGAAACAUAUAAGCCAGAAAUAAUUUGGUCAGAUGGAGAUUGGGAAGCCUCGGAUACUUAUUGGAAAUCAAAGGAAUUUUUAGCAUGGUUAUACAAUGAAAGUCCUGUGAAGGACACAGUCGUGGUAAAUGAUAGAUGGGGUAGUAAUAUGCCAUGCCAUCAUGGUGGUUUCUUUACAUGUUCUGAUCGUUUUAAUCCUGGUGUGCUUCUCCCACAUAAAUGGGAAAACUGUAUGACUAUUGAUAAAAAAUCUUGGGGAUUCCGUAGAAAUGCUGCUUUAUCAGAGUACUAUACAUUAGCAGGAUUAGUAAAAGAAUUGGUAAUUACUGUAAGCUGUGGUGGAAAUUUGCUGAUGAACGUCGGACCAACGAAAGAUGGCAUCAUUACACCAAUAUAUGAAGAAAGAUUACGUGGAAUAGGUGCUUGGCUAGCAGUUAAUGGCGAAGCUAUUUACGAUACUAAACCUUGGACAGUACAAAAUGAUACUUUAACCGGAAGUGUUUGGUACACGAUAAGUAAAAAUGAAAAACAGCUAUUUGCUUCGAUUCUAGAAUGGCCAGACAAUAAUAUCUUAUCAUUGGGCUCACUUAAACUUUCAACGAAUUCUCAGAUAUAUCUACUUGGUUACUCGUCAGUAAUUCCUUGGAAACAAUCUAAUGAUAAGCUAGAGAUAAAUCUACCUCCUAAUGCACAUAAAGGACAGCCAGCUUGGGUAUUGAAGAUUGAGAUUUUUCAAAGUGUACACACAUCUUAUUGAGAAUAUAUUUUAUAUUGUAUAUUAUCUUUAGAAAUAUAAAUUUCAGAAAAUGUUUUUCUUUAAAAAGAUAAAUAUAAAAUAUUCAAAAAUGAUUUUUUGUAAAUCAAAUAACAUUAAAAGCACCUUAAUAGAUAAUACCAAACACCUUGAGUCCCAAAUAAG